CAUCCCUACAAGUGAUUCUGGCUGCUGCUGAAAGAAACCCCAAAAUUUCCAGUCAAAAUAUUCAUAAAGAAAUUCCAAAAUGACGACAAUGUCCGGCUCUCCAACUAAUCAACCUCCGCAAGCGAUAAAAUAAGAAAUUUAACUAACCCCAUUAUUUAAUCCCCAAAAAUUGAAAAAAAAAAACAAAAAAACAAAUCGAAGGCAGAGACUACUAGAAAAAAGACCAAAAAAGGAAAAAAAACCAAAAAACCCAAAAUUCAAAGCUGCAUUCAGGGAUUGCUACUUGGUGAAGUUGAGAUUUCAAAGAAUCUGUGUGGUUCUUUUUAUCAAGAUAGUGCAGCUACAUAGGCUAUGAUACAGAUGUUCAAAAAGGUUUUCAUCAGUUUUAUGAAAUAAUAUGGUUUCCCAAGGAUCGGUGAUUGAGAAAGAAUUUUGCUGUUAGAUUUUACGAGAAAAGGUCAUAUGGAGAUAUCUUUGUUAAAAGCACUUCUUAGUAACAUUUCCUCUUUUUUGAAUUUGUCAUCUUUUGAGAACAUUAACUCAGAACCAGUUCAGAAGUACUACCAGAGGGCAGAAGAGAUACUAAAGUUGUUGAAGCCAAUUCUUAACGUAGUCGUUGAUUCAGAAAUUACUUCUGAUGAAGUGCUUGGUAAGGCAUUUGAAGGAUUGGGUCUCUCUAUCAAGGAAUUGAGAGAGCAAUUUGAAAGCUGGCAACCACUUUUGAGUAAAGUCUACUUUGUUCUGCAAGCUGAAUCGUUAAUAUUGAAGAUCCGAAAUUCUAGCCUGGAUAUAUUCGAGUUCUUGAAGUCUUCCCAUCAGCACCUGCCUGAUGAAUUGAGUUCAGCAUCUCUUGAGCACUGCUUGCAGAAAAUUAAGUAUGUAGGAUAUGAACAAACAUCAUCUGUCAUUAGGGAAACCAUAAGGGAUCAAGGGGAUAGUGUUGGACCAAGCUCAGAAAUACUAGUCAAAAUUGCAGAGAGCCUGAGCUUGAGGUCAAACCAGGAGAUUUUGAUAGAGGCUGUGGCCCUUGAAAAGUUGAAGGAGAAUGCUGAACAAGCUGAAAAAAGUGCAGAAGCUAAGUUUAUUGAUCAAAUGGUUGCUCUUGUAACUCGCAUGCAUGAUCAACUUGUCUUGAUAAAACAAUCUCAGACCUGUAGUCCGAUUCCCAUACCUACUGAUUUCUGCUGCCCCCUUUCCCUAGAGCUAAUGACUGAUCCAGUGAUUGUGGCAUCAGGACAAACCUAUGAGCGGGCUUUCAUCAAGAAAUGGAUUGAUCUUGGGCUCACCGUGUGCCCCAAGACACGGCAGACUUUGGCUCAUACCAAUCUUAUACCCAAUUACACAGUAAAGGCACUAAUUGCUAACUGGUGUGAGUCAAACAAUGUGAAGUUGCCUGAUCCCAUGAAGUCCAUGAGUUUAAGCCAGCCCUAUCCCCUUCUUAUGCAAGCAGAGUAUAGCUUGCCUAGGGAUUCAAUUAGUUUUCCACUUUCUAGAAUCAGCCAACCAAUGUCACCCGAGUCACGGUCUACAGGUCAAUCUGGCAUGAACCUAAUCACAUCCAGUGGAAGUCAUCGGGAGGGAACCUCCUCUCUACAUCCUCAUUCUACCUCAGAGGAUUCCUUGCCAGUUGUAACUGGAAAUGGAGAGGGUCUGGACGUUGCAAGAAUAUCAAUAAAUUGUGCCGAAGACAGGUCAACCUUGGAACAAAGGAGUAGCAAUUCAGUUGCCCAGGCCCCAAUGUCACCUUCUAAUAAUGCUGGACAGACAUCUCAGAACCAUACAAGAUCUGCUUCAGCCUCUAGUACACUUUCUAAUUCAGAUUUUCCUCUAGGAGCAGUUGGAGAUGCCUAUGAGACUUCUGAGGGGUCAACAAAUCUUGCAGCCUACAGUAGUGAUCUUUCUGGAGAGGUGAAAUCUGACCCACAGCCUGCAGCUAGCUCAGCCAUUCCACAGAGAGAACCUGAGUUCCCUCCUCAAUUGAUGGAAGCACGAUCCCGAAGCCUAACAACCUGGCGCCGGCCAUCAGAGAGAUUUAUUCCAAGGAUAGUUUCUUCUCCUGGCAUUGAGAACAGGACUGACCUUUCUGGCAUUGAAACCGCGGUUAAGAAGUUGGUAGAGGACUUGAAGAGCACUUCAGUUGAUUCACAAAGAGAGGCUACAGGUCAACUCAGGUUACUUGCCAAGCACAAUAUGGAUAAUCGGAUUAUAAUAGCAAACUGUGGGGCCAUUCGCUUGUUAGUUGAUUUGCUUCGAUCACCUGAUACAAGGACUCAGGAAAAUGCUGUUACAGCACUUCUUAACUUGUCAAUAAAUGAUAACAACAAAACAGCUAUUGCUAAUGCAAAUGCAAUUGAGCCUCUGAUUCAUGUCCUUGAGACAGGAAGUCCUGAAGCUAAAGAAAACUCAGCUGCCACUCUCUUCAGCCUCUCAGUUAUUGAGGAUAACAAAGUCAAGAUUGGAAGGUCUGGGGCAAUCAAGCCUCUUGUUGAUUUAUUGGGGAAUGGUACUCCUAGGGGAAAGAAAGAUGCAGCUACAGCCUUGUUUAAUCUGUCAAUUUUUCAUGAAAACAAGGCCCGAAUUGUGCAAGCUGGUGCUGUAAGACACCUUGUGGAGUUGAUGGACCCAGCAGCUGGAAUGGUUGAUAAGGCAGUUGCUGUUUUGGCAAAUCUUGCUACAAUUCCUGAAGGGAGGACUGCUAUUGGGCUGGAGGGUGGGAUUCCCGUGCUGGUUGAGGUUGUUGAGUUGGGUUCAGCAAGAGGAAAGGAGAAUGCUGCCGCUGCUCUUUUACAGCUCUGCACAACCAGUGGUAGGUUUUGCAGUAUGGUGCUCCAAGAAGGAGCUGUUCCACCACUAGUGGCCUUGUCCCAGUCUGGCACCGCGAGAGCUAAAGAGAAGGCACAGGCACUUCUAAGCUACUUCAGAAACCAUCGACAUGGUAAUGCUGGAAGAGGCUGAGAGUAGGAAAACAACGUUCAUUGCCAUCCAAGGCAACCAAGAGCAGGCAUUUUAUGAUGUAUUUCCCAUGAUUUUGAGAAACCAAUUACAUUUUGUCUGCUCU